AUGAAUGGAAACUAUUUAUCUGUCCUUAAAGAGGUGACUGCAAUGAUCUACGCGGUUCUGCUAGUCCUCUUGUCAGAGGCCGUCUGCUAUGUCAUGGCUCCAGGCGAGAGUUCGUUGUGGAUAAAGGUAGUCGCCUGGGACCGAGAUUCACUGUCCGUGUCCGAUUUAAUCGGCAACUUUUCAAUAAACGGCAGCCUGGAAAACCUCCUCCGGAAAGAAGAGUCCCUUCAGCCACAAUAUAUGUCUUCCAGCAGGGUGUCUAUGAAACUGGAACUGAAAUGCAGGAAAAAUUGGUUCGGGAAAUUGUGUGAAACCCACUGCAAUCUUGCUAACAACGCUCUUACUUGUGACGAGAACGGCAAUGCCAUCUGUAUGCCAGGGUACUAUGGACCGUCCUGUACACUUAAAGACUACUGCUACUUCAAACCAUGUGCGCCAAAUGCUCAAUGUGAAAACACUGAUGAGGGCUUCAAGUGCAUCUGCGACAGAAAAGACGAUGCCAAGUGUUAUGCCAACUACGAGCCUUGCCUCAAUGACACCUGUUCUGGACAUGGAUUUUGCAAGUCCUCACCUGAAAGCCCAGAUGGUUUCAUGUGUGAGUGCGAAAGCCGCUGGAGAGGCAAACGCUGCGAAAUCCGUCUAGAUGCUUGCGAGCUUGAGGCAAAGAGGCUUAAAGAGUUGGAUGCGGAGGAAACCGCGAUUUGCCUAAACAAUGGAACUUGUGUCAGCAAUCCUAAUGGCCUUGAUUUCCAUUGUCAGUGUCCUCCAGAUUGGGAGGGCAAUCGGUGCGAAAAAAGUACCCAUCAGGUGUGCGGUAAUGUUGUUAAUCUUAUAUUGCCUUCUGUAUCCCGUGAGUCAAAAAUACUAUUUCAGGUAACCCCUGAACAGACCUCACAGUUUCCCCCUUUCAUUAUUUAA